CGUGGCUGCGCUGCACUUUCACUGUGGAUGACACCAGCCCAGCUUGCGAAGGUCUGUUUACACAUCGACUUGUUCUCAUAUUUCCAUUUUAUUAUUUCCUGUAUGCUUCAUGCUCGUGAUUAGGCUGCUGCCGUGUAUGUAGUGAGUAACUUUGUAGAGUACUGGAUGACAUCAUGAAUACGGUUUUAAAGAUAGUUGCCUUACUCCUUCACUACGCAGUAUGCAUUGCACGAGAAGAUAAAGAGCCUAGGGGGCCGCAUAUUAUUGUCGAACCAAAAGACACAAUAUUUAAUGCAGAUUCCAACCUUCCUAGUGUAUCAAUUGAGUGUGAAGCUGACGGUUAUCCUAGACCAACCUACAAAUGGAAAAAAAAUGAUGUUGAUGUAAAUAUAUUAGCAGAUAACAGGCUAACAUUAAUGGAAGGCAAACUGACGAUAGCCGAACCAAGGCAGAGUGAUGCCGGAUCAUUUCAGUGUUUUGCUUCUAAUGAUUAUGGGGUGGUACUGAGUCAGAUAGCUACUCUUAGUUUUGGAUUUGUUGAUCCGUUUCCAAGGCAAGGACAGUCACCAAAGGUAGCCACAGAAGGAAAUGGAUUUAUGCUUUCUUGCAAUGCUCCAGAUGCAUAUCCUGGACUUUCGUUCUACUGGGUCAAAGAUAUCGAGUUCAACUUUGUUCGUGAGAGUGAGCGUUUGAUGAUAGCAAGCAAUGGCAAUAUGUAUUUUGCUAAAGUUGACCAAGGUGAUCAAGGAGAUUAUUCAUGUAUUGUUAAGAAUAUUCUUGAUGCUGCGUCUGGUGCUGGUCAAGAUGGCAGAAUCAGUCCACAGAUUUCAGUCAGUGUUUUAACUAACAAUUUUGCAGGAUUCCAGUCACCCAAGGUAUCUCAUGCUGUGCAGGAUCAGACUGUACUUGAAGGGGACAACGUCAGACUUGAGUGCUUCUUUCGAGGAAACCCUGUUCCGCGGUUGAGUUGGGAACGAGUGGCACCAUUCGGGCAGGCUAUUCCAUCAUCAGCGUCUUUCGAUAACCAAAAUCAAGUCCUGAUCUUGAGGAAUAUCCAAGAAGAGGAUGGAGGAAAUUACCAAUGUAUUGCGGAGAACUCUCCUGAUAAUCAAAACAGCCGGCCUACAUAUUCAAGAUCCACUGGUACAAUUGAUGUCAGAGUUCCACCCAAAUGGAUCAAGCAGUUAGAAGACCUUGAAGCUGAUAUCCGAGGAAGUGCCACGUUUGAAUGUGAAGCAACGGGUACCGAGCCCAUCACAUACAAGUGGUACCGCAAUGGGGAACAGUUUACAACACGUACCAGACAUAGUUUUAGCAACAAUUUUAAGCGUUUAACAAUUAACAGUCUACAAGAUGCCGACAGUGCAAUGUACCAGUGUAAAGCGGCCAAUACACUGUUAGAUAAAGAAAGGGCUAUCUAUUCUACAGGACAGUUAACUGUUUUAGCUAUUGCACCAUCAUUUGCUGAUACACCAUUGCUACAAAAUCAGCCUGCUGCCAGAAAUGGUAACAUCACCAUUGAAUGUAAUCCAGAGGCGGCCCCUAAACCUGAUUUCACAUGGCUUCAUAAUAACAGGCCAAUCUCCAUCACCAACGGAGGGCACUAUACAAUAUUGGACAAUGGUCACUUGUUUAUUCAAAACGUGCAGGACAGUGAUGGAGGCAAAUACACAUGUAUUGCACGCAACUACAUCGGAGAAGAUCAAAGCGAAGGUCGGCUUGUUAUCAGAGAUGGAACGGUUAUUACACAGUGGCCCCUAGCAAUGUCUAUAGAGGUUGGUGAUGAUGCCACUUUGAAAUGUCGAGCUACGGCUGACCCUGUAUUAGAUCUGACUUAUAUAUGGUUAUUGGAUGGUGUUCAGAUUGACGUUCUUGAUGAUUCGCAUUAUGCAAGGUUGAGAGAUGGUAAUCUUGAAAUAAUAGACGCUGAGCUGCGCCAGUCUGGUGUGUAUACCUGUACCGCUCAUACAACUAUAGAUGAAGUCUCCAAAUCUGCUGAAGUCAUAAUCAAGGGUGCUCCUGGGCCUCCUGCCGGUGUGCGUGCUUCAGAUAUCACUACAAACUCAUGUCAGCUACGAUGGAGUGAAGGUUUUAGUAACAACGACCCAAUCAAAACAUACACAGUGCAGUCGCGUACAAAAGAGGAACCAGAAUGGAUAAUAGAAAGGGAAGGCAUACCAGAUCUCUCGGCUAGCCUUAACUCGCUUUCUCCAUGGAGUAACUAUCAAUUUCGAGUCAGUGCCGUCAAUAGCUAUGGUAGAGGUGAACCAAGUUUACCAUCCCCAGAAUAUUCAACGCAUGAAGAUAAACCUUACCAUGAACCUCGUAAUGUUGGUGGCGGUGGUGGUAAAACUGGAGAUCUCAGGAUUACUUGGGAUCCUUUGUCUCGUCAAGACCAGAAUGCACCAGGUUUAGGAUACUAUGUUUACUGGAAGAAAGCUAAUAGCCGUGAGGAGUAUUCCAAAGGUGUUGUUAAUGAUGAGGCUGUUGGUGUAUAUACAGUUAAAGGCGUUCCUACAUAUGUUCAGUAUGAUGUUAGAGUUGGUGUGUUCAAUGCUAAAGGAGAUGGACCUAACAGUACUAUAUCAACCAUAUAUUCCCACGAGUCAGCUCCAAGUGAAGCCCCAGAUAAUGUUGAGGCUGAAGCCACAUCAGGUAGCACCAUAAAAGUCACAUGGGAUUCUAUAAGCACCAAUAAUUUGAAAGGAAAACUUAGAGGAUACAAGCUAAAGUACUGGUCAUCUGAUGAUUCUGAAGCCACAGCUUCUACUGUUUCUACACCAGGAGUGACUACUCGCUAUGAGAUACAAAACUUGGAUUAUAGUACAGUUUAUAAUAUCAAAGUUCUUGCUUAUAGUGGUGGUGGUAAUGGCCCAGCUUCUGAUAAUGUGGUUCGAGUGACUACGUUGAAAUCUGCGCCCCAAGAUGCUCCUGAGAACGUGAAAGCUGCAGUCAGUUCAUGGUCAUCUAUCUUAGUCACAUGGGACAAGAUUACUUCCUACAAUGAUGAGGAAGAACCUCUUGAAGGAUACAAGAUUCUAUAUUACUUAGAUGGUCGUUUUGAACGCGACGCCACCAAGGUUGACAUCAAAGGUGCGGACACCAUUAAAGGCACCAUAAGUGGACUGCAACCGGGGGCAACGUACUUGCUACAGGUACAAGGUUACAGUGAAGGUGGUGAUGGCGUCACUAGUGAUCCUAUCAAAAUUCCAUUGUAUGGGUCUCAGCGACAAAUUGGAGCAGCCCCCAGCAUGCAUUGUGUGUCAUUGUCUCUUCUUGCUUUCUCUUUACUUCUCCACACUAUAAGAAAUCUCUGCUAACCAAAUUUUUAAGUCUUAAAAACAUGGUAAUUAUGGGCACAAAUUAAGAUGAAAUCAUGUUAUUUAGGUAAUCAGAUAAUGUAAUUACAUCAAAUACUAAUUACUGAGUCAUUGUAUUGAUUGACAAAUUGAAAUGUUGGCAGUAAAACCUGCUUUUGUUGAGUCAAUAAGAGAGACAAUGCACUUGUUACAAUGUGCAUUUCCCAUGUCCCCAUUGACUCCAAUUACAAACUGCCAUCUAAUUUUUUUUUAAACCUCAGAAUGAAAAUUAAUUAUAAAUUUUUUAAUAUUUUUAACAUUAAGAGUACUUGAAAUUAUGUCUUCACCAAAAUGAAAGGCCAAAGUGUUUGUGUACUUUGUAAAUAUUAAGCCCCUUUUGGUGAGUUACCACAUGCAAUUUUCAACUUUUUUGCUCAGUUUUGUCAAUUUUAACAAUUGUAUUAUUUUUACCAUAGUGAAAGGAAAUUUAAUUUUUUUUCAACCAGACCAAUUUUGUUUGUAAUCCUUUUUUUAAAAACUAGUGUUUUUAUAGCUGGAAAUAUAUCAUUAGUGGGUUUUUAUUUGCUUUCUUUAUGAAAAAAAAAUGUAUUGAUAGUUGAGUGCGCUGUCUCUCGGUGUAGAUAUUUCUUCAUUGAAUUUAGAGAGUUACAGUGGAUUUCAUGCGUGUGUAUAUGCCUUCAACUUUUCACUUAUUUCAUGUAGAUAUGAUAAUUCUUUCUUUUUUUUACCGGUAAAUCAAUAAGCGAGUUGUGCUCAAUGAUCAGAACAGACGGACUCUUAUAAAAACUUGUGAUUCCAAAUUUUGCUGUAUAUGUCAAUUCCAGUCAUUUUUUUUUGCAUUUUCAUAUAGUUUGAUGGUGAAAAUUUCAUUUCAUUGUCCCCAAGCUGUUCUGGUUAGUUGUCACACUCCUCCCUUCCUUGGCCAACUUUGCUGUACUGCCUCAGUCACAAUCAAGGCUGCCAAUUAGUCAUUCUUUAAAACGCUAAUGUGUCAGUUUUAAUGCAGUUUUAGGUGGACACAAAUUUGGCACUCGUAUUUAAUAUGAAAUUUGACAUCUAUUGUCAAUUGAGUUCACUCCAGUGUCAAUCAAAACAACUGCAAUUUAUUAAUCGUUCAUAAUAACAAAUGCACAAAAAAAUACAAAUUACAUUUACUAUUGUGAAGUGUGCCAUUGUUAUGUAGUAGUAUUUUUUUUAUACAGUAUGCAAUAAAUCACAAGUUGACUAACAA